CGAGAACAUGACGGACGGCGUGCCAACUGACGACUUUUCGGCAGGCCCCCUCACAGCCGGGCAGGUGGCCUGCCUGGGGGCCUACAUUACGGCCAUAGCGCUGUGGAUGUGCGCCGAGUGGCUCAAUUACAAGCGCUCGCAUGCAAAGAAGGCGCAGACACAUGCGCACACCGAGGCGGCGGCGGUCCCCGAGGGCAAGCCGCUGCUGGAGAUGAACGGGGUGGGCAGCGCGGUGGAUGUGGAGGCGACGAGCGGCGAGGCGGCCGGCGCGGGCAUGCCCUCCUCGCCGCCGCCCGGCACCGAUGCCAGCGGCAAGCCCACCUACGCCUGGGCCUCCUCUGCCUUCUACCGCUGCCUCAUGCUGGACGGCGACGCGCUGCUGUCCAGCCGCGAGGCCCUGCGGUCAGCGGUGGAGUUUGGGACCAUCCUGGCCUGGUUCUACGUGGCAGACCGCACCCAGCUCAUCGCGCCGGGCACCAAGACCUACACACGCGACGUCCUGCUCUUCAUCUUCCUGGUGCUGACCGCCGUGGCGGGCGGCUACUCGCUGAAGCAGCACCGCACGCUGCUGCUGCACCGCACGCAGACGGAGGAGUGGAAGGGGUGGAUGCAGGUCCUGUUCCUCCUGUAUCACUAUUACAACGCAAAAGAAAUCUACAAUGCGAUACGCGUCUUCAUCGCCGCCUACGUGUGGAUGACGGGCUUUGGCAACUUCUCCUACUACUACCGCACCGCCGACUUUGGGGUGGGCCGCUUCUUCCAGAUGAUGUGGCGCCUCAACUUCCUGGUCCUCUUCUGCUGCCUGGUGCUCAACAACUCCUACAUGCUGUACUACAUCUGCCCCAUGCACACCCUCUUCACAAUCAUGGUCUACGGAGCCCUGGCCGUGUUCCCCAAGUACAACAAGAGCGACGCCGCCAUCUGGCUCAAGAUCGGCGCCUGCUUCCUCACCGUUUUUGUCUUCUGGGACCUCAAGAUGGUGUUCUACUCCGUCUGGACGCCCUUCAUGUUCCUGGUCGGGUACACCGACCCGCGCCGCCCCGGGGGCGACAAGAUGUAUGAGUGGUUCUUCCGCUCCUCCCUGGACCGCUACAUCUGGAUCUAUGGCAUGAUCUGCGCCUUCAUGCACCCCAAGGUGGAGAAGUUCCUGCAGGCGGUGGACGGCAUGGAGGCGCAUCGGCGGCGCGCCACGCGGGCGGUGCUCAUCUCGCUGUUCUGCGCCGUGGGCUACGCCUGGUACCACUUUGUGUACCUGCUGCCCAAGGUGGAGUACAACCGGAUCCACCCCUACACAUCCUGGAUACCCAUCACAGGCGAGGCCGGGAUACUGGUGGUCGACUUCUUCUUCAUGCUGCGCAACCUCACGCCGCAGAUGCGCAGCUUCUCCAUGGGCCUCUACGGCUGGCUGGGCUGCGUCACGCUGGAGACAUACAUCGGCCAGUUCCACACCUGGCUGCUCAGCAAGCGGCCCGACGGCCAGCCCAUCUACCUGCUCACGCUGCUGCCGGGCUACCCGCUGCUCAACUUUGCGGUGGUGACAGCAAUCUACGUGGUGCUGUCACACCGCCUCUUCCAGACAACCAGCAACCUCAAGGAUGCAGUGGUGCCCCACGACGACAACCGCCUGCUGCUGCGCAACGGGCUCAUGAUGGCGGCGGUGGCCGGCGUGGCCGCCUGCUUCGGCUUCCUCAUGGUGGAGGCACGCAAGAUGCUGAUGCUGUGAGGCCGGCGCGCCCUGCUGAAAGCUGCCGCUCGUCAGCACUCGGACCCAGCGCACCGCCUGCCCACGCUGCCCUUGUGCGGUGGCCUGCUCUGGCGGGGGGCUGCCCGCCUCCUGCCGGUCAGCAUGAGCAGGCACCUGCGUUUGUGGCAGGCUUGCCACGCCUACCCACUCGUGGCAUCCCGCCCUCUGCACACCCAGGGUUUGCCGCUCGUUGCCGUUUUGUAUCUUCCUCCCUCGCCGCCCCCGCCUUUUCUGAUGCUUGGGCCCCGCGGCCCACACCUUUCAUGCUACAUACUUGCCCCUCAGCCCCCCGCUGCGUCCCCGGGAUGCAGCGGGUGUAACGCAUGCUGCUGCCC